CAUGGCUGCUGUCUCGCUAUCAUCUGCAGUCUUCCUCUUCUCCCUCACUAACAUCUUUCUUUUCUCCAUCUCAUCAUGGGAAGCAGAAGCUCAUCCAGUGUCUACUUUGAUCAAGAAAAAGCUUUACAAAAACUUGUUCUUACAUAAGGACGACAAAGCAUGCCCUGCAAAUAACUUCUACACCUACCGCUCUUUCAUCAAGGCAACCAAAUUCUUCCCGGCAUUCGGCAAUACCGGAAGUCUAGCCACCCGAAAGCGUGAGAUUGCAGCCUUUCUUGCUCAGAUCUCCCACGAGACCACAGGCGGGUGGGCUACUGCCCCCGACGGACCAUAUUCCUGGGGUUUGUGCUACAAAGAGGAAAUCAGUCCGGGCAGCAGUUACUGUGAUAACACCGACAAAGAGUGGCCAUGCUAUCCUGGAAAAUCGUACAAAGGAAGAGGACCAAUUCAAUUAUCUUGGAACUAUAAUUAUGGCCAGGGAGGAAAGGCAUUAGGGUUUGAUGGGCUAAAGAAUCCAGAAUUAGUUGCAAACAGUUCCGUGAUCGCGUUCAAAACAGCUUUAUGGUUCUGGAUGACGGAGCAGAAGCCGAAGCCCUCAUGUCACAAUGUCAUGGUAGGUCGAUAUCUGCUUACGAAAGCCGACGUGGAGGCUAAUCGGACUGCCGAGUUCGGAAUGGUUACGAACAUCAUUAACGGUAGACUUGAAUGCGGAAUAGGAAGCGAUGCCCGGGUGAAUGACCGAAUUGGCUAUUUCAAAAGAUAUGCUAGUCUGUUUAGUGUUCAAACUGGAUCAUCUUUAGAUUGUGAAAAUCAAAAACCCUUUUAGAAUUUGUGACGCUCAAUUAGUCAUAUAUACGUCGCAAGUCAGUUGGAUUUAGUGUUUACACAUGGCAUCCAUCACCAUUGAAAAUAAUAGUGCAUGUGUAUCUGGCUAGCUA